AUGGUCAACGAAGCCCUCAAGCGCCCUUCAUCUCCCAGCUCUGAAAACUUCCAAACGUCUAAAUCAAGAAAGAUUAACGGCUCGCACAACGACAACAUCACUAUGCCUUCAGCGGUCCCGAACGGAGCGGCCGAGGCCAACAUCGUUGGCGGAAACCCCAUCGCCCGCCCCCGUUUGAGCACGCCGCUUGUCUACUCCGGCUCGCUGGACAACUACAAGAGCCUGGACAUCACCCCUGUCAUUGGCCGGGAGUACGAGGGCCUUCAGGUGGUUGAUCUUCUCAAGGCCGACGACCAGGUCAUCAGAGACUUGGCUGUCACAAUUUCUCAGCGCGGAGUCGUCUUCCUGCGCGACCAGGAUGUCACGCCAACUCAGAUGAAGGACUUUUGCCUCCGUCUCACAGAGCUUGCCGGAUGUCCUGAAUCAUCAGGUCUUCACAUUCACCCCCUGACUGAGGAGGGCAGCGAGCUCGGUGACCAGAUCAGCGUCAUCAGCAGCGAAAAGCAAAAGAAGGGAGGCGGCCUCACCCACCAGUUGAGCGACGUGAGCCGUUUCGCUAGUGCCGGCUGGCAUACCGACAUCUCUUUUGAGCAGGUCCCCUCAGACUAUGCAAUGCUCAAGAUCCACACCCUGCCCCCGACCGGUGGUGACACUUUGUGGGCUUCCGGAUACGAGAUCUACGACAGACUCUCCCCUGCCAUGCAGAAAUUCCUUGAAGGGCUGACAGCCACCCACGACGCCACAUUCUUCCACGACGAGGCCCGAAGGCUGGGCAACCCUCUCCGAGAUGGUCUCCGAGGCUCGCCACUGAACAAGGGCACGGAGCUGAAGGCUGUCCAUCCCGUUAUCCGCACCAACCCUGUGACUGGCUGGAAAUCCGUAUAUGUGAACAAGGGGUUCACGAAGCGCAUCAAUGGCGUCACAAAGGACGAGUCCGACGUCCUCCUGAACUACCUCUUCAACCUCGUCACUCAGAACCACGACGCCCAGGUCCGCUUCAAGUGGCGCCAGAACGACCUCGCUAUCUGGGACAACCGGAGCAUGUGGCAUUGCGCGACUUACGACUAUGUUGACGCCAGAGCAGGUGAUCGCGUGGCGUCCCUGGGCGAGGCGCCGUAUCUUGAUUUGAACAGCACGGGAAGAAGGGAGGCUUUGGGAUUGUAA